AACCAGAGUCACCACUUUUUCUAAAAUCCAAAACCGCCCUUUUUACCAGUCGGUGGGUUCUCACAAAAACACACAAACAGAGAGAGAGAUUAUCCUCUAGACGACGUCGUUUCGCGAUCGAAACGAUGCCGAAGAAGAUGGGAGUGAACAGCAAAGCCGAGGCGGCUAGGGCGCGGAAGAGCGCCACCGAAUCGGAGCGCAAAGACCGGGAGGCGCGUGAGAAGGAGGAGCAGUACUGGCGCGAAGCCGAGGGAGCGAAGUCACGCGCCGCCAAGAAGAGGGAGGAGGAAGCCGAGAAGAAGGCCGAAGCGGCGGCGCGGCGGGCCGAGGCGAAGAAGCAAGCGGAAUUGGAAGAGAAGGAGCUGGAGAAGGCGGCGAGCAAGAAGGUGGACAAGAAAGCGAGCCGAGUUUCGAUUCCGGUCUCGAAAGUGACCGAGGCUGAGCUGAGGCGGCGGCGCGAGGAGGAGCAAGCGGAGAUGCAGAAGAAAGCUGAAGAGGGGAAGAAGAAACAGAGCCGUACGGCAGAGGAGGAGGAGUAUGAGAGGACGGUGCUUGUUUCGAAUACAAAUCGCGAUGAUUCGAUCAUUGAGGCGAGGUCGGUUGAAGAGGCGAUUGCUCAGAUCAGUGUUGCGGAUACCUUGCCGGUCGAUCGGCACCCGGAGAAAAGGCUCAAGGCUUCGUUCAAGGCUUUUGAGGAAGCCGAGCUCCCCAAGCUGAAGGAAGAGAAACCAGGCCUUACUCACAAUCAAUACAAGGGCAUGAUAUGGAAGUUAUGGAAGAAAUCUCCGGACAAUCCUCUUAACCAGGUUUCUGAGUGAAUGAUCACAGCUGCUCAACCUUGAACAGUGGGCAAGUUUUCACAGCAUUUUGACUUGUGGCAGAGCAUUUGUAGUUUGUAUACUAUAUGUGGCUCAGGCCUAUUAUACAUGCAGUGUCCGCUUGCACUUAAUAAAACCUGAUUAAGAGAAACAUUGCCGUCUUUACUCUUUAGCCUAUGGGAUUUCUUUCUAUUCGGUUAUAGCCGUUCUUUUUUUUUUUUUGUCCCCUAUAAACAAUUGACUGGUGUAUAUGCAGAGAAAUGGUACUGGUAUGAAAAAAAUGUGAGUAUUACUAUUUUCUUUUCAUUGUAAAACAAAGAAUAUGCUAAAUGGUUACUUUGGAGGGUGUUUGUCACUU